UUUCAUUUCAUCCUUUGCACCUGGCUCCGUUGCCUCCCUGUUCUCUCCAAUAAACAUACCCCCACGGCUCUACAUUUGCACGCGCAUUUCUACGAGAAUACUGUAAAAUGAACCGCCUUACUCUUGUUCUCGCUGCCCUCAUCUCAACAGCCUACGCCGAAUUCGAUGCAAACAUUCUUGCCCAGCUGCCUGUCCCACCCAAGCCGCCUGUCGCCCCCACCCAGGCACCGGCGCCUAUCGACCCAAACAACCCGCGCACUCAGCCGGCACCCCGCCAGCAGGAGACCGUACCUGACGCCGCUUCAAUCCCCGCUGGCCUUGAAUCGCUGGUGCCCGGCUUCACCAGGAACACCGCCCCCGCCGUCCAGAUCACCGUCGAUACCGCUGAGCUUGUGGCUCCGACGCCCACCGCUCAGGAGAAGGAGUCGCCCAAGAUCUCGAUUGACCCCGCCACCCAUGCUGUCACUGCUGCAUCGCGCCCCACCACCGAUGCUCCGAAAGCCACCCAGGCAGCAAGCUCGAACAAGAGCAAGAGCGCCGGAUCCCAUGCAUCUGCUGAUGCCAGUCAGGGCAGCCUGGGCGGUGAUGAAGACUCGCUUGAUCAGUCGAAGCUGAAGAGUAUGUCAGGAAAUGGUGCAGGCAAGGCUGUUCCGGCUGCCAUGGUGGCUGCCGCUGUGGUUGUUGUGGCCGGAUUCUUCUGAAUGAAAACAGCUAUCUAUUGUGUUCUUCACAAUAUCGGGGUGGCCAAGCCAAGUAUUUGUUUCGUCUACACUGUUUAAUUCAAAAGUAUCAUGGACAAGUAAAAA